AUGGAAAUGUUUUGCAAGUAUCCUGGUGAGCGCAACACUUGUCUGGCAAGCAAUGCACACUCUUUCAAGGCGUCGUGCUGUGCAAGCAAGGGUGGAUGCAACUCAAGAGAGUUCCCUAAGGACAAGGUAUGUUGCUUCACCCAAGCAUGUCUGGAUCGUUGCUACCCUGGAAAAGGUCAUCGUAUGGGAACUGUGUACUGA